UUUUAUAAAAUAAUUAAUUUAAGAGAAGUAGGAAGUUUGUGCACUGUACUGGAAAUGUUUAUCUAUCUAUGUUCUACUUGUAUUAAAGUAAGUUUUAUUUAAUUUACGAUAACAGAAAUAAAGAUGUAAAAUUUAAAAUUUUACAUAAAUUACUUUGAGCACUCUGUACUGGUCCAUAUUUUGAGACGGAAUUCAUUACAUAACUUUGGACCCAUGAUUAUCACCCGUUUUGUUUCUCUAUUGACAUUCCAAAUUGAAGCACAACGAAUUAUCUCUGCGUAAGUAUAUUAUAUUGGCAGUAAGGGUUGUUACGAAAAAGUUUUAUAGGUUAUAUGCAUUAUAAUGGUUUUUGAUUCGGCCUAAAUUCAAAAUUAGAAUUAAAAAAAAAAUAAUACUGCACAGUGAUUAUUUAAAUAUUUUCUUAAAUUACAAUGUCAGUUGACGCAGAGACUGACAAUGAGCUGGAAGAGAAUUACUACACGUUUUUAAAUCUUCCACGAGACGCGACGGGUGAACAAAUAAAUGCCGCUUACAGGAAGUUGAGCCGAAUUUAUCAUCCCGAUAAACAUGUAGAAGUUGAAAGUAAACAAAAAGCAGAACAGUUGUUUAAUAGGACAAAACGAGCCUAUGAGGUAUUGUCAGAUCCUCAUAAACGAGCUAUAUAUGACUGCGUUGGCCAAAAAGGCUUGCAAACUGUUGGAUGGGAGUUAGUACAUCGCACUAAAACUCCUGCGGAGAUACGGGAAGAGUACGAACGAUUAGCACAAGCGGCUGAGGAACGAAAGCUACAACUGCGCACUAAUCCUCGUGGUAAUAUUACAGUUAAUGUUAAUGCCACCGAGAUAUUUACUCCAUACGAUGAGACGCAGCUUCCCCGGAUUGAAGUUUCUUCGAUGAGUAUUUCACAAUCGAUUGAAGCACCCAUAAACCGCAAAGACACACUUACGCUUGGCGGUAACCUAUAUUCAUCCAAUGGUAAUGGAAACGGAAACUUCAUUCUCUGCGGACGAAGAUUAGUUAAUAAGGGCUGGUUGGAAAUAGAUGUUGGUGCUGGAAAUGGCCCCCUUUUAGGAUUUAAAGGUGGACGAACCCUCUCCUCGGUUGUAACGGUGAAUGGGGGUACAUCAAUGAAUUUUCGUGAUGGUCGUGUCAUUCCUGCUGUAUUCUCAACCUUGGCAGUACAGUUAGACAAACAUACAAUGGGUUCCUUAACUCUCAACGUAAGCAAUCAAUCUUCAAUGACUACGCAAAUUGAUAGCAGCACUGAAAAACACGCUUGGACCACAUCCUUUGUAAUUGGUUUCCCUCAUAUAUACUUGAGUGCGGCAUAUACGCGAAAAAUGAUAGAAAACGAGCUUAAGCUUAAAUUAGCUGCAAAAUUGGGAACGUUUGGUUUUCUAGCAGAAUAUGGGGCUGAGAAAAAGAUAUCCAAAUAUAGUUCCGUGUUUGCAGCUGUGUCGCUGGGUAUUCCAUCUGGAGUAAUGCUUAAAUUUAAAAUAGUGCGCUCCAAUCAAUCAUAUAUAUUUCCAAUACACUUGAGCGAAGAGAUUGUUCCUGCCGCUGUAUUUUAUGCAACAGUUACGCCAGUAUUGCUGUGGUUCUUUGUAAAAAAGUCUAUACUGGAUCCCAUGCGCUUAGAGCAAAAAAAUGCUGAAAUCGAGAAAGCGAAACGAAGUAACCAACAACGAUUGACUAGACAGCGGCAAGAGGCACGCUCCGCUAUCGAGCUAAUGCAGCAUACCUACGAGCGCAUAGUUUCGGAAGAAAGCAGUAGAGGGGGCCUAAUAAUAACGAGUGCUACUUAUGGGCAACUGGAAGAUAGUAGUGGCCACUUUCAAGACAACGCUUCGGUUGAUGUAACCAUACCCAUACAGUGCCUUGUAAAGGAUGGUACAUUAAUUUUAUAUCAAUCGUCGAAGAGUGAAUUGCCGGGAUUUUACGAUCCAUGUAUUGGUGAAGACAAAAUUCUAAAAAUCGAGUACAUGUUCAGAAAUCAAACCAACGUUGCUAUAAUUAACGACAUGGAUUCAGUAAGACUUCCUCUAAGUAGCAAUAACUGAUACAAAUCUAUUAAAAUAUGUAUAAAUUGUUAUACUUCUUUGUACAUUUCGCACGAUUUGGAAAAAAUGUGAUUUUUAUAAAGAAAAAAAUUAAAUAUAAUAUAAAAAAAUUUGUUGUUAAGCGACGUACAACUUAAAAUAACUUACACUAUUUUCAGGAAGCAAAUAUGAAACAAAUUAAAGACAAGCAUUUACUUUGCCUAGUAACCCUUUUAUAUGUGAAUGUCGUUUAGCAUUGAGCCGCAUUACCAUUCAUUAAAAAAUUAACUGCAUAUAGAGUGUUUGAAUAAAUUAAAUAUAAUAAUAAUGGGCAAAAACUAAUAAACGUUCGCUUGUUCGUAUGUAUGUACAUAUGUACAUAUGUACGUACAUACAAAAUUUUGUACUAAAAAUUGAGCUUUAUCACAUGUCAUGGACAAGGAAGUGGUGCUCUGUGCAAUAGUGAUAUAGAAAGCUAUUUCUAUGUUAAUACAUAUAUUGAAAAUUCUUGAAUGAGAUUUCAAUUCGAAAAAAUAAUUCUCAGCUGAAUUAUUGUCGAACUUAAAAUUUUUUGUGGCAUUACGGUUUGCCCCAUUGUGCCAGUGACCAAAAUAUCAAAAAACUAUAACCUACUUGGUAGCAUUCAUACACUUCAUUUAUAGGCAUAUGUUUGUACUAUGUGGCAAUUUAUUCCGUUAAAAUAUUAUCAGAAAAUAGGAAACGGAUAAAUAAACUAUUUAAAAUAA